UGUUAUGCCCAUUUGCAGGUUACGAUCCCGAUUGCAGAGGUGCAAUUAAGGACAUGAUGCAAUUUCACAAACGCGUAAUUAUGGUAUUUUCCACUCUUCUUCUUGCCUCAUGGCUCGUUUUACAAUUAUUUGAAAGAGAUCUGUGUAGCAAAUCGCUCAGCUUAGAAAGGAAACUGAUGGAAGUUGACCCUCUUGAACAGUCAACAGAUAAGCUGCAACUUCAAUGUAAACCGGCGAACAACAUUUUAUUCCUAAAGACGCACAAAACCGGUUCCAGUACGGUGACAAACAUUUUAAAUCGUUACGGCGAUACUAGAAGUUUAAUAUUUGCCAUGCCUGCGACUAAAAAGAGCUACAGUUUCUACUGGCCUCUUUCCUUUUCACUCCGGUUUACACAGGUACUUUGGAAAGCGCCAAAUAUCUUAUGUAACCAUGCCAGAUACAAAAAAGCACCAAUGAACUGGCUUUUUCCAAAACAGACAACUCAUUAUGUUACAAUAUUGAGGGAACCAACACAGCAUUUUGAGUCUAUCUUUAAUUUCUUCUUUCUCGGCAAACAUUUUAAAGGAUUGGAAAAUGCUUCGUCGCCUCUUGAAAAGUUUCUUCAGAACCCAACGGUAUACCUUAAAGUAGCAAAUCGAACAAAAAACUCUGGUUUGUUAAAGUUGAUGAAAAAUCCAGCGUUAUUUGAUCUGGGUCUUGACACAAAGUAUCAUGAUGAUCUAAGUCUAGUGCAGAACUACAUUCGAUUCCUACAAAGAGAAUUCGACGUUGUUAUGCUCAUGGAAUACUUCGAUGAGUCACUGGUGCUUUUGAAAAGACGACUUUGUUGGAAAAUCGACGACAUUCUGUACUUUAAACUCAACGAGAGGAGAGACACCGAUAAACAAAAUCUAUCUAACGAUGUUAGAGAGAAAAUUGUAAAAUGGAAUUCUGGCGAUGAGCUUCUGUAUAACGCUUUUAAACGAAAGUUAUGGGAAAUGAUAGCAGAAGAAGGCCCAGAUUUUUUCAAAGAUCUCGCAAUCUUUCGAAGACAAUUAAAAUGCGUCAAAAUGACCUGUCUACAAGAGGGGAAUUUUCUGACCAGGCCCUAUGCUGGGAGACUGGUGCGAGGCUAUGUAGUGAAAGCUAACAUUUCUAAAAGUCUUAAUGAAUCUUGUAGUAGGAUGAUAAUGAAUGAGAUACCAUAUCUGGAUUACCAUCGCGAAAAAUUGUAUCGACAACUUUUAACUAUAGACAAACAUGAAAUUCACGUAGAUCGUCUUAGAUGA